CACUACUCGCAACUGCAGCCUCUUCUUCCGUCAUUCUAACGAAUUUCUAGAUCAGAGCCAGGAGCUCUUCUUACUACGUUCAUUCUAACGCGAGUUGCAUCUCACAGUCACCUACACUCACUCAAACAUAUCAUCUUCUACGGUCAUGGGUCUCUCUCAGAACCUCUUAAUUGCCAUGCUAGCUUCCCUGGCCAGCGCGGCACCUCUUGCAUCUUACUACGAGCUCGUAUCUAAUUCAACGUCGAGCUUUUCCCAACAACAAAACGGUCUCGAUGCGCAAAAACUGAAUGCUCAGUUUGCCACAAUGACUGCCAAUGAUUCUUGCACUAGUGGUGCUCAGGCAUGCAUUAGCAGUGCCUUCGCACAGUGUAUUGGAAGUUCCUGGGACCUCACGCCUUGCUCGUCCGGUCUGUCGUGCUUCGCACUUCCUCUUGUCACCAAAGCUGGCACCAGUCUCGCUUGUGACACACAAAGUGAUGCUGACGCACGUUUUAUCGCUGCUGGCGUUCAGGGAGGGGUAACUGGAAAUGCUACCGCGAGCAACGCAACCACUGACGGUGGCGACUGUGUAGAGACCACCACAAGUGCCUCACCAUCUUCCACAAGUGCCUUGCCAUCUCUCACAAGCACUCCUAUCUCGAGCACGUAUGACCCAUGUGCUUCCUCACCUCUUGAGACUUCAUCCACCCUCGCCAGCCCCUCGAUGAAGACGAUGAAAAAGCGUCAGUAUGGCUCCUCCACUUACGGUCCAACCUUUGGCUUUAGCAAUCCGACCACUACUGUCACUGCCUCGUCUACUCAGGCCAGCACUGCCUUGCACACUAGCGUAGCGAGUUCCUCCGCCAGUAGCCCUGCGUCCAUUGUUUCUACGAGCGCUUUGACGAGUUCCUCUGUUGCUUCUACUCCUGCGACUCCCUUUAGCUCUGGCACUUCUACUGGUGCUGGCAGCGUUGCUUUGAGUCCAUCUACCUCUCCCGUCGUAUCCACUGGGACUGGAACUUCGCUCCUCACUUCCUCAACCCCUCUUGUAACAUCUGCACCAGCUGCCGCCACCAGCGCGAACAAUGUUUCCACUGUAGUCGUUGUGACCACUGUGGUUGUCACUGUGACAGCUAAUGGUACGGCUGCACCCAGCACGUCACCAACGGUGAGUGUGGAAUUGAGCGGAACUGUGUCAUCUACUGUCCCUGCUGUGACACAAACCUCAGUUGCUACAUCCCCGUCUCCCUCUUUUGCCUCAGCCACUACCGUCAACUUGAACAGUCCUUCGGACACUCCGACCACAAGCGCCACAUAUAUUGCAGCGUCAUCUCCCAUUGUUUCUGCAUCACCGAACAUCCCGAUUGGUGCUGCAUCUUCGUCCGUGGUAGCUUCUUCGACUGCUUCAUCUCCGUUCAACUUCGUCUCGGCUUCGCCAACAAUGACUUAUUGAAGAAGUAGAUUGUAUCACAGAUAGAUUAUAGUAUGCGGAGGAGUGGAUUAUAUUCGAUUAUAGGACUCUAAUGGAACUCACGACCCUCGGUCAUAUACCCACACGUUGUAAAGAUUAACUAUUGUACUCGACUUAGUUACCUGUUAUAUGGCUUAUAGUUCAAGAUGCAGGACGUCUUAUUAUUGUCUUAUUAUACUAUUUUCCUUGCAAAA